GAGGCGGGUAAUUCUAUUGCUGACAUGCUUUACAGCACAUACAACCCCUCUGGAAAACUGCUGUAUACUAUUUCCAAGGAUCCCACUGAUUAUCCCACACAACUGAGAUUGCCACUUUUGAUUGACUUCAUGUUCUUUGCAGUGAAUAUUACACCGCACUUUGAGUUUGGCUUUGGCUUGAGCUACACCAUGUUCUCGUGCUCUGACCUUUGUGUGACUCCUAUUCAGUCAUUAGAUGUUGAUCAGGCAGAUUUGAUCACUGCAUGGGAGAAUGGGGAGGUGUCGCCCAUUGCUGAAGGGUCUUCUACUGCACUUUGGCUCCGUGAGCCUACAUUUCACAUCACUUUCGAGGUUACAAACACUGGACCCAUGUCUGGGACUGAG